AUGAGUGAUUUUCCUGAUCCCGAUGAGGAAUAUGAGCUUAUGUACUCAGAUGAACUUGAGCUUAUUCGAGAAAUCGAAGAUGAGAAAGAUUCAAAUGUAAUUCGAAAAAAAUCGCUCCCCGCUAAGAGAAGUCUUGACUUCUCAACUAAUUUUAAAAACAACUAUCAAGAUUCGAACAUACUAAAUCAUGAAGCAGCAAAAAAAGAUGAUACAAUUACUUUAACACCUAGUCUACAAAGUAUGGAAGAUGUUUUAACACCACCAUCAAAUGUCUCAAGUAAGAGAACUGUAGAGGAUUUGUUUGGUGAUAUAAAUGAUAUUGAUUUUGAUAACAUUGAAUUGCCUAGUAAAAGACAGAAGACAGAAGAAGAAAAGGAUUUAGAUAUGAUAAAUAAGAUCCUAGAGGGAAGGAGACUUAAACAGUUAUUGAUUGAGCCAGCAAGUAGUGCAAAUGUUAAAAAAAAAGUAAACUUUAAUGUAAAGGAAAACAUAUCAAUUAAUAUACCAAGGUGGUCAUUUGUUCCUUUAACAAAUUCUUGUGGAGACCGUAUUUACAUUAGGUUUGAGUCUGAGGAUUCAUGGGAUAAAUCACUUGAUUUCAAUGUAGAGCAGCUAUGUUUAAAAACUACUUAUUCUACAGCUUGGGAUGAGGCACAAAAAAUUUUAGAAAAUAAAGAACAGCAACAGAUAAAACAAGACGAGAAUUUGGAAUUGCAACCAGUUGUAGAAGAUCACAGUGCCAGUUUGUGGGUAGAAAAAUACCGUCCUAACUGCUAUCUUGAUCUCUUGUCUGAGGAACCUGUUAAUAGAUCUCUACUGCAUUGGCUACAUCUUUGGGAUAAGGUUGUUUUCAAAAAGGAAGUGAAAAUGAAGGAUCCGCAACAACGAAAUAGUUUUAGCAAGAGGUCGGGUCAGUUCCAACUGACUAAUAAAUGGAAAGGCAAGAAAGAAACAGAACCUGAGAUGGACGAUGAUGGACGUCCUCAUCAUAAGGUGGCGCUGCUAUGUGGACCACCUGGAGUCGGGAAAACCACCUUAGCACAUCUUCUGGCGAGAUUAGCCGGUUACAGGCCAGUGGAAUUGAACGCGUCGGAUGAGAGAAGCGCGGAGGCAUUCAGGAACGCACUCGUGAGUGCGACGUCGAUGAGGUCGGUGCUGGACGCCGAUAGACGACCCAACUGCCUUAUAUUAGACGAAAUUGACGGUGCCCCAAUUCAAACUGUGGAGUUGCUGGUGAAAUGGUGCACGACAACUCUUGCGGAAGGAGGCAAGAAAAAAACCAAAGCGCAGCCUCUAAGACGUCCCGUCAUUGCCAUAUGUAAUGACUUGUAUGCAACCUCUUUGAGGCCUCUAAGGCCGGUGGCGCUGACGGUGGCGGUGGGCGGCGUGGCGGCGGCGCGGCUGGCGGCGCGGCUGGCGGGCGUGGCGCGCAAGGAGCGGCUGCGCGCCGAGCCGAGGGCGCUCGCCGCGCUGGCCGCGCGCGCCGGCGGCGACGUGCGCGCCGCGCUGCACGUGCUCAGCUUCCUCAGGAACAGGCCGCAGCUUACCGUUAAAGAUGUAGAAAACGUGGCGAUCGGCACCAAAGACACCAACAAGAGCUUGAUGCAGGCGCUUCAAGCUAUAUUCACACUCGAAGAUGGGCCAUCAGUUGACAUAAUUAAGACCAUACAAGCUGCGGGUGAAUAUGACAGAUUGGCGGAGGGCGUGUUCGAGAACUAUCUGGGGGCGCGCGUGGACUCGCGGCUGCUGGUCGCCCGCGAGGCGCUGCGCUGGCUUUGCUUCUACGACGCGGUGCACUCUUGGACCUUGCGGGGGCAGAACUACUCGCUGUACGGCGCGCUGCCGCUGUGCCUGGCGCGCUGCCGCGGCCUGCUCGCCUCCAGGGCGCAGCGCCGACUGCGGUUCCCCGUGCAGGCGCAGGAGAUGUCCCGCAAGAAGGCGGAGCUGGACAGCAUAGUGUUGGCGGUGUGGCGUGGCAGCGACCCCAAAGUGGUGGUCGGCCGCAAGGCGCUGCGGCUGGAUUUGCUGCCACUGCUGCCAUAUCUGCUGGCGCCUACCCUCCGCUCGGCGAACGUCCAGCUGUGCAGCGAGGGCGAGCGGCGUAGCUUGCGCUCGUGCGCCGGCGCGAUGUGCGACUACGGGCUGCGCUACGUGCAGCAGCGGAUGCCCGACGGCCUCUACGCGCUCGUGCUGGAGCCCGACGUGCACCGGCUCGCCUUCAUAGGCAACGAGGAGCGAGCGCGGGCGCCGCCGGCGGUGCGGCAGGCGCUGGCCAGGGAGCAGCAGCUGGAGGCGAUCCGCAGGAACGAGGAGAUGGCGUCAAGAGUUAACCCCGGAAGGAGUAAGGGAGGCAGCGAUAGGAGUGAAGUGGACAGAGAUGUGCCCGUCGAAGCCAAGGGCAAAGAAGCCAGACUUCCCAACCAUUUGCAGAGGCUGAAGCCUAAAGCCGUUGAAAAGAGCGCACCACAGGUGCAUAAGGACUUCUUCGGACGUAUAGUGCCUUUAAGCAAUGCGCAAAGACAAGAAGCGUUACCCGACGUGAUAUCAUCGAGUGGUGUAUUCUACCAGUACAGAGAAGGGUUCAACAACGCCGUGCGUCGAAAUGUUCGUGUCCAU